CUUUUGCUUUGACGUCAGGUGAAGCACACCCCACCAUCCUGGUCCAGAGCAGAAGUGCAUCUGCUGAGGUGCGCGCCGCUCUGCCUAUCCGGACACUGCAGUGGAGGUUACCGUGCCAUCUCUGCGGCUGCUCGUCCCCGACACCACGUCCCGCUGCGGACUUUCCGGGUACCAGUGAGGACAGGGCAGAACAAGGAAGCGCUAAAAAGCCAUGGCCGAGUCCAACCCACUACGGGGGUUCCCCCGUCUGCGCCGGGCCGCGACCUCAUUUCCAGGCAAUCUACAUUUGAUCCUGGUGCUCAACCCCAGCAGUUUGUUAAGCUCUGCGCCGAGUCCAUCAUCGAGCACCGACCUGGGCUUUCGCUUCAGUCAGGAUGACUUUCUGUUAAAGAUGCCGGUGGUGAUGCUGCGUUCUGUUGGCGACCUGCUGCGCUACAUUGAUGAAAAUCACUUGACAACAGACUUCACUGCAAAAGUGCAGUUCUGCCAAAGCGACUGGGUCGUCCUCCGAACAUCCAUCGAGACGUUUGCAGUGACAGUUAAAGAGAUUGCCCAGCUGCUCCAGAGCUUCGGAUCAGAGCUGUCAGACGCCGAACUUCCUGAUGAGGCUAACGCCAUCGAAUUCUUGCUGCACUCCCACACACACCGAUACCGACAGAUGAAGGAUGAUAUCAGGAAUGUGCUGAAAGAAGGACGCCUCCUGCUGUCAAACCUGGAAACUGUCAAAGCUUCUAAAAGAGAUGCAGAGGAGGAGAGGGAAAUACAAGCAGACAUGGACACUGUUAAGAGGCUCCUGGCACAGCUCGGAGACAUGGAGGAGGCAUUCGAUGGCUUCUUUGAGAAACACCACCUGAAGCUGCAGCAGUACCUCCAGCUGCUACACUAUGAAAGUAGUUUCCAGCAGAUGGAGGAGGUCCUGGAGCGGCUCUCUGCCCAGGAGAAGGAGAUUGCCUGUUUGGGGAACACAGUGGUUCAGACAGAACAGUUACUUAAAGACCUGGAUACACUGGACAAACGUGCUCAGGAGGAGAUGGCUCGUGCCCAGGUGUUGAUUCUACACGGUCACCAGUUGGCUGCAAACCACCACUACGCCCUGGCGCUCAUCAUCCAGCGCUGCAAUGAGCUGCGACAUUACUGUGAUGUCAUCACCAUCGCCAUACGCACCAAGAGGGCCUCGCUCACUCGAACACGAGACCUGCUGGGCUGCCUUGAGGAGGCCCUUCGCUGGUGCGACGAGGGCGCCUAUCUACUGGCCAGCCAGAUGGUGGACAAGUUCCAAACCAGAGAAGGAGCUCAGGAAGCAUUGCAGUACCUCAGCUGCCACCAGGAGAGGGCGCCAUCAGCCAUGAAAAACAGCCAGGAUACUCUCAGCUUUGAAUUUCAAGCCAUACUCACCCCGCAGCUACAGUCCCAGAUUUCCAUGGUGACAGAGAAGCUGAACUCAAUGCAGUGCAUGAUCAGAAACAGGGAGCAGUGUCUGAGGAAGCUGGCGGACGUGCAGGUCCGACCCAUACAGCUGGUGGCCCCUCGGCCAGAACCGGACCAGACUUUCCAGCGUUGCAAGUCACCCCUUUUCUCCCCCAAACAUGGUGUAGACUUUAAUGUUUUGAACUCCAAGUUCUCCUUUGAUCUGCUUCCCGGCAAGAGGGCUGCAAGGAGGAACAACAGCCAACCCAAGAUCGAGGUGAUGCAUGAUUACCAAGGCAACCGCAGCUGUCUAUAUGGACCCAACCCUGAAACUGAUUCAGAGGCAGAGGACAACCCAGAGCAGGUCACACGCCAUAUUAUGAAGGAACUGAUAGCUACAGAGAGGAUCUAUGUGGAUGAACUGCUCUCCGUCCUUCUGGGUUACAGGGCAGAAAUGGAGGACCCCUCUGUGGCUAAUCUUCUUCCUGUAGCUUUGCGCAGCCAGAAGGACGUUCUUUUCGGCAACAUGCCAGAGAUUUACCAGUUCCACAGCAGGAUCUUCCUCCAAGAUCUGCAGAGUUGCCUGGAGACACCAGAGAGCGUGGGGGCUUGCUUUCUGAAAAGGAAGGAAAAGUUCCAGGUGUACGAGCGUUACUGCCAAAACAAGCCUCGCUCCGAGUUGCUCUGGAGACAGUGUGCUGAUUCGCUGUUCUUUCAGGAGUGCCAGAAGAAGCUUGAUCACAAGUUAGGUCUGGACUCUUACCUCUUGAAACCAGUCCAACGCCUCACCAAGUACCAGCUGCUGCUCAAGGAGCUUUUAAAGCACUGCACAGAGGAGCGAUACCGCUGUGAACUCCAGGAGGCUCUGGACUCCAUGCUGGAGCUGUUGAAGUCUGUCAAUGACUCCAUGCAUCAAAUAGCCAUCACCGGAUAUCAGGGUGAUCUCAGCCAUCUGGGUCGUGUCGUGAUGCAAGGCAGCUUUAGCGUGUGGAUCAGCCAUAAAAGGGCAGCGGUGCGAAUGAAAGAGCUGGCCAGAUUCAAACCCAUGCAGAGGCACCUCUUCCUCUACGAGCACGCCCUGCUCUUCUGCAAGCGCAGAGACGAGGACAACCACGACAGGACGCCCUUCUACAGCUUCAAAUCGUGCCUCAGAAUGAGUGCAGUGGGAAUCACGGAAAAUGUGAAAGGAGAUGUGAAAAAAUUUGAAAUCUGGUAUAGCAGCAGAGAAGUGGUGUACAUAGUUCAGGCUCCCACGGUGGAGGUGAAAGUUGCCUGGCUGAUGGAGAUUCGAAAAAUUCUCAACAACCAGCAAAAACUACAAGAUGAAGCUUCUCUUCUGCUUUCAGACAACCCUCUCUCUGACAGUGCAUCAGAGAUGUGUGUGUCGUGGGGCAGCGUGCCGGUGGGAGGCUGCUCAGCGUGUCUCCCUGUUCCUCACAGCUCCUCUACAACAAGCCACUCCCACAUUCCCAGAGGGGAGGAGUCACUACACACUAGCCCCGCCCAUUCUGAUCCUGUGGUUCAUUCACCUCGACGCAGUUGGCCUGUGAAUGCUCACUCAGUGGCAAUCUGUGAGGGCCUGGAGGACUGGGGUGCUACAGACCUCUCCACUUUAUCAGACUCAGAGGAGGAGGAUGAGGACCAGCCUGCCCCACUGGUGGCGGGCAGGUACAGAGUGAUGGUAGAGAGCACCAUGGCCAGCUCUGAUGACAUCAUCUUUAACUGUGGUGAUGUCAUCCAGCUGCUGCAUGAGGAUUCAUCAGGAAUGUGGAUAGUGAAGAAUAUAAGUCGUGGUGAAGAAGGCCGCGUCCUACCCGAGGACUUGCAUAGGAUUCUGGGAGAGACGUGCUGAGAGCCAAUCAGGACAGAGGAUGAAUGAAGAACUGUGCCUGUUUGUUCCUCACACUUUGCCUGAAUAUCCUUCCAUGUGUACAGACACAUACAGACUUAUAUAUACCAUCAACUUCCUGAAAAAAUGGGCAUCUGAAUCUGCUUGUCAAUCAGAAUGAAGCACAACAUCAGCCACAGACUUUACUCCUCAAACUGCUGUGAGAGUUUCACCUCUGAAGACUGUGACCUCCAGAAAGAACCUCAGAAGACUUUAACAGUGGAAAGCACAUACAAGCCAUCCUUUGCUCUGCCUUCUCCGGCAGUAGUACAUCAGAUUAUUUUGGACUGAAGACUUUAAACAGGGGCUUUUAUUUAUAUGUUCAGAGUGGACUUUUGUUCUAGACGUCAAGCUGUAUAAUUUCUAUUUUCUUAUGAAACAUCAUGUCUACCAACAUAUCAUUACUGUUCUUGUGCCAAACAGCUAAGCUAACUGUCAUGCAGAAAUGCCCUGGUUACGUCGUUGCCGCCUCUUAGCAGCCAAAGUGAACACUGAAUGUCUGUCAGUUUUGUUUAUGUGAUAAAAAAAAGAAAACAAAAUAAGAAAAAAAAUGAAAAUAUGGCAUUUUAGUUUUCCAGGUUUCAGCUUUCAUACUAGCUCUAGACAAUUUGACACUCAGUGCUCAUAGUGUGGGAAAAAAUUACUGCAUACCCUUGUUUACAGUUAGCUUAAUUAAAAGGGACCGAUUAUGCUUUACUUUUCUGUCUCCUUAAAUAAUUACCUGUUACAGCAGUGCUACUCAUAUUAAGCAUGGCCAGAGUAAUCCCUGUAAGCUAAAAGAUAAGGCUUCAAAUAGCUCCAAAUGCUUGGUUUCAUACAGCUCCUUUUACUCUCGGCUCUUAAUGACAUCAGUGAGAAUGGGUUUGAUGUUUAUGAUGUGCAAAUGAGAAACGAGCUAGCUUAAAGGGAUGGGACAGGAAACUGCACUAUUAGUGUAAUUAGUGUGAGAUAAAUGAUUAUUCUGAACUUUGAAUCAUACCAAGCUGCUUAAGUAGAUUCCAAGAAUAAAACAUAUGGAGCUGGAAAUGAGAAUAAUCGGUCCCUUUAGUGACGUGUCAUAGCAGGAAAGGCAGACAAAACAUUGUUGAAAGUUAGUUUGGGAGUUUGAAGUUUUUAUAAACAAUCUGCCAAAAAUUUAGAAAACUAGAACAUUUGUAGUCGUUAUUAUUGACACAGUAUAUGACAAAGUGAAUCAAUUCAUCAUCUUGUGGUGCCACCCCAAACUGUGGAAGACCAAAUGCAAUACACAAAAUGUUGCCCCGGGUCAUAACAGGACACCAAAGGCCUCGACCUCAAAGUCCUUCUCCUGUAAUCUCUGAUCACAAUU